UGGGAAUAAUUUUAGAAAAUUUUUUUGCUUCCUCUAGAAUCUCGAAAAGUCUUUGGUCUUUGAUUCUUAUUCUUAUUGUUAAUUAUCUUAAACAUUUGUUUUAUACAAAAAAAGAAUUCAUGUAAUUUGAAAUGCUUAACAAGAUUUAAUUAACUAAAGAAGCUUAAGGUACAAAUAUAAUUUGUAGAAAAUUACUGUGAAAUCAGUAAGUUACUUGAAAUGCCAAGAGAAGAUUGUAUUCAACUUAAGACGAAUGUUAAAUAAUCGUCAUCUCAAUAAUCGUAAACAUUUUUUCAUUAGUUAUGCGCGAUGAAAAAACUACACGACGAAACGACUACUACGGAAUGAUUAUUUUGCAGAAUCGCUGAAGAGCUCUGUUAAGUAUUCUUCUCGAAUCCUAAAGCGAUAGGCAUUAUGUGUAGUGAGAUGGGUGCCCUCAUCCCGUUUUUGUUUGCUUAAUAUGAUUAAAUCAACCUUAACUUCUAGUAAAAGGUCCUUCAAAACUUCAAAAUUGUGAAUUGCAAACGCGUGGCAGCGUUCUUGAAUCUUGCAGCCAUCGUUAUUUCCUCUAACAUAAUCGCCGUUACGGCCGAUUAGAGCGAGUCUAACUACAGGCGAAGAGUAAUGCCAGCUCUAAUGAUGCGGUCUCUAAUGAGUUAGUAAAACGACUUUGCCAUCGCUGAUCUCGCUGAUACACAGUAAGAAUGUUAUGUCCACCCAUAGUGGACACCGAAAGUUUCUCCACCUGUUGCAUCUUCGUCUGCGUUUUUCUACCCCACAAUGAAAUGUUAUCUUUUAAGUAAAUGCAGCAAGACGAAUCAGAGGCUUUUGCUUUCUUUAUUUUCGUUGUGUCAUGGGUGGGUUUCGUUUGCUCAGCUCAUGGGAAAAGUGCUUGCUCGAUAUGCAUUGCGAUAAAUUGAUCGGCCCAAUCAUUAGCAGUGUCGCUGUUACUAGAAAUUCAUUCGACAUAUUCUUAACCUCAAUAGUAAAUAUUGUUAACAAAAUGUCCUUUGAUUUAAUAGCAAGGCAUUCCAGGCAUUCGAGAUGUUCUGCAAACUAGUCAUUUAGCCUUUCUGCCCACUCAGCUUAUGGCUUUUGAAUGACAUUCUUUCUGACUGUUUAUAUAAAAAUGUAGUUCGUCGAAGAAGUCAAUUAUCGUCCUCUUUAAAGCAAUAUAGAGACUUUUGAUUUUUUUUUUUUUUUUUGACAAAACUGCGCGCCUUACGAGAGCAAAUAAAUAAAACAUGUUUGACUUUUCGUUGUUAGGCGAUCGUCAAUUCGCAAGUUCACUGUAUAAAAUGAAAAUCGCCAACAUAAUUGCAGCUAAUGAUUAGAGAAACUGGUUGAACUUGGAUCUGCUAAUAUAAUAACAGCAGCGAAUACUUGAAUAAAUUAAUAUUUUUAUUACAAUCUUAAACUCUCGCGUUUGCAACUAUGCCAGAGUUAGAUGCAAAACCAGUUUAGUAUUCCCAGCUAUUUAAAUGAAUUUCAAGAGAUGUUGAAAGAGAAUUCAAUUUUUAAAGAGAAAGGAUAGCAUGCCGUGCUUAUAAUUUAUGCUGGGUAUCUGAAAAAGAGUCACGUAUUCAUUGCCAAUAGCAUUGUCAAAGUCUUCAGCUACCACAACACAUAAGUGUAUCAUAAUAAUGUGAAAGCUUCGCUAUGCAACAAAAACUGGUUUCGGCUUGUAAGGAGAAACUUUAGUCAGUUAAUUGCCUAGUCAAUUAGUCAGGUAGUCAAUCUGUCGGGUAGCUGGCCAGCCAGCCAGCCAGCCAGCCAGCCAGCCAGUAAGUAAGUCGAGCAAACACAAUAAAUGAAUAGAUGAGCGAAUGAAUCUUGUUGGUUAAGCUGGUAAAGCAAACAGGCCAAGAAAUAGCAACAAUUUGUUAAACACCUCAGUAUGAGAGGAACGUUGGUAGAGUGCGCGUGUGACAUACCAAUAAAAGCGGUAUCAGUAUAAGGAAAAACAAUAAACGUUUAUUUCAUUUGAUAGACAAGGAGCACUUUCGGAAAUACACACAAGUUGAAGAAAAGAAAGUUUGUGCAAAACUUUUUUUGCCGUUUGCCAUUUGCCGUUGUGACUGUGGACUGCAUUCCUACAUACCAUUAACGUUGUUUAAAAGCGGCAGCAUUUCCAAUUUCUCUUAAUAUCUUUCAUUUUUUUUUUUUUUUUUUUUUUGCUUUGAUUAUGGAUAAUUUCGAUGUGGACAACGAUCGAGAUCAAAUAAAACGUCUGUGUUUUGAGGGUGCCUGGGCUUGGUUUUUGGAAAUUUGCUUUUGGUGUUGCGUGAUUGCUUUCGUUAUGUAUUUGCUAAGACGUGUAUUUGAAGGACCGUUUUAUAGGCGUACGAACCGCAUAGAUGGCAAAGUGGUUAUUGUUACCGGUUGCAAUACGGGUAUAGGUAAGGAGACCGCGUUAGAGUUAGCAAGACGUGGCGCCCGCUUAUACAUGGCUUGCCGGGAUGCCGCCCGUUGUGAGGCCGCGCGCCUGGAAAUUAUUGAACGCACUCAGAAUCCGAACGUGUUUAAUCGUACGUUGGAUUUGGCCAGCCUAUCAUCGGUACGGCAGUUUGCUGAACGCUUUUUAGCCGAAGAAGAUCGCCUCGAUAUUCUUAUUAAUAACGCUGGAGUUAUGGCCACGCCACGUAAACUAACUGUUGAUGGUUUUGAGCAACAACUGGGCAUUAAUCAUUUAGGUCACUUUCUAUUAACUAAUUUGCUGUUGGAUCGUUUAAAAAAAUCUGCUCCCAGUCGAAUUGUGGUGGUUAGCUCGGCUGCUUAUAUGUUUGGUCGUAUAAACAAAAACGAUUUGAAUAGUGAAAAGAAAUAUUGGCCGUUUUUCGGAGCCUAUGCCCAAUCAAAAUUAGCCAAUAUACUAUUCACUCGAAAAUUGGCCGAACUACUAAAGGAUACUAGUGUCACUGCAAAUUGCUUGCAUCCCGGCAUCGUGCGCACCGAACUGAUGCGUUACAACAACUGUUUGAGCUUUUUGAAAACAAUAUUUCAUUUAAUUACACGAUCGCCGAAAGCAGGAGCUCAAACAACUUUAUAUUUGGCUUUGGAUCCAAAAUUUGAUACCCUUUCAGGCGGUUAUUAUGAAUACAUGUUGCGUUUGCCCUUAUUACCGUGGGCUCGUAAUAAAGAAACGGCUAAUUGGUUAUGGGAAGAAAGUGAAAAGAUGGUCGGGCUGAAGCAUAAUGAUGAUGGGAGUAAACUGACAAACAUUACAACUGUACAAGUUAUUAAAGACGAACAAUAAAUUACUGUUCCAAAGUGAUUUAACAGAGUUGAGCAAAUGGACAAAGAGCUUAGAAUAGAUAACGAUAUUAUAUAAACAAAUAAAG